UCUUACUGGGCUGCCAUAGACAUUUCUUUUUUCCCUCCCUCCCUCUCCAAACGGCCACUCCGGCGACGCUCGGAGACGAACCCUAUCCCCCGCCGGCCGCGCAGGCCGCCGGCGAUGGAGGUGGAGGCGGGCGGCCCGUGCUCGAAGAAGAGGAAGUCGGCGGAGAUCCUCCUCAUCCUCGCGGCGGCGGCGGCGGCGGAUGCAGAAGGGCGUGGCCCGGAAGCUACGGCGGAUCCGCCGCUGGAAGCAGCGGAAGGGGGCGGGGCCGGCGACCGCCUCAGCGGCCUCCCCGACGGCGUCCUUGGGGACAUCGUCUCGCUCCUCCCCACAAGGGAAGGCGCGCGCACGCAGAUCCUCUCCUCCCGGUGGUGCCACCUCUGACGCUCCGCCCCG